UCCUCACAGAUCAGAUUCUGUUUCCAAAGGGCACCUCCAGUUUCAUUCUAUUCUAGGUCUGCUUUUCUAUGGUGAAUAGUUGAUUGACCUGCUACUAAGAUUGUCACCACCCAGUCAGCAGAGCUACGACCCUUAAAAUGGCCCAAGAUACAGCAGGGUGAGCAUGCCAGGAAUGGCUAUUUCAUAUUUUUUUUGAAGUUUGUCAUCUAAUCUGUGGAUCAAGUAGGAGAAUGACACCUUUUGCAAGCCUCACUUUCCCUUCUUCCUCCCCUCCCUCCAGGACAGUUCUUCAAGUCUGAUCUCAUAUCUGUUCUAGCUCAGCAUGGCCUCUCCCAAAGAUCUCUAUUGUUCCCUUAGAUCAGCAGUUCUCAACCUAUGGGUUGCGACCCCAUUUGGGGUCGAUCGACCAUUUCUCGGGGGUCACCAAACAAGGCGAUCCGCCAUUUUUCCCCCUCGGGGCGGCGCCGGGCAUGCGCGCCAGGCAUGGGGGCGACGCCGCCCCCAUGCGUGGUGGCGGCCCCAUGCGUGGCGCGCCACACAUGCGCAACACGUUUGUGUGAUGGGAGUCGCCGUCACACAAACGUUGAGAACCACUGCCUUAGAUGGUCCUGCAUUUGCUGAGCCUUGGAUGGUGAAAAUCAGAAUUGAACAAGUGUCAUUUCAAAGUGCAAAGGCAGAAGAAGCAGUAGAUCAUAUAUUCAGCCUGUGUAAGAAGAUUGCACAGAUGAAAAGGGGGAGACAUAAAAGUUGAAAAAAUAGCCAAAACUGAGGUUAAAAUAUUGUGGGAUUUCUGAAUACAGAAUACACUUUUAAAGCAACACUCCCCCCCCACCUCUAAUGGCAAGUCGAAAAGAAGCAGCACAUAGCUGCCAAAAUUUAAUUCUUGACACUGAUAAAGUCUGACUCAUAACACACCAGAUUUAACUGUAGCUGAAAAGAAGAAAGUGUGGAUAAUAGAUGUGACUAGUAGAAUAAGAGAAAAAUAAUUGGAGAAGAUCAAAAAGUAUCAAGGUCUGAAAACUUAAAUUAUGGCAUAAACCGGCCGUGGUGGUCCCAAGAGUUAUUUGCACACUGGGUGCCCUACCAAAAAGUCUCGAAUGGCACUUGGACACUAUGCGCUUUGACAUGUUCCAGCUGUCACUUGCAAAAGGCCACACUGUGCUACACCUUAUUAGGUUCUUGGGAAGAACUUGAUGUGUAUGAGGUGCCUUCACAUUGUUAUGAACAAUUGUUAUAACAAUUUAAACUUGUCUCCAUGGAAUGGUAGCUCCAUGGUAGCUCGCAGCGAGACGGGUGGCAAACAAAUUUAAUAAAGAAGCAGAAAUGUGCAGGCUUCCCACCUCAUGAUCUAGGAGUGUUACCUGGAAUUUUAGGGGUUCAUUAUUAGCUUUUUAAAACGUGGUAUUAACACUUUCAACAUGGCAGUUCUGGUCUCUUUUUUAACUUUAGAAAAACAUGGGGGGAGGGGGGUUUUCUUCCUGGCCAAGGCCAUUUCUUUUGAUAUGCAGGAACUAAACAGCAGAGAGGGUUUUCUGACAAAUGCAUUUGUAUUUUUCAAGAAAGUACAAACCCCUCUGGGAAAGAGGAAGGCAACCCAAACAUUUGCCACUUCCGGAAUGUUAUCUAGAAUCCACAUUUUCUAUUGUUUAAUUCGCACACGUGAUCAAUGUCUUUUAUGGUUCAAUUACUUGCUUUCUGACUGACGAAUGCAUCAAAUCUAUCAUUUAUAGAUAAAAAACUCGACCUCCCCCCGAAUAAGGGCUUUCUGCUUCCGCGAGUCGCGAUCCCUGUUUCCCUAGGCCCGCGGCCCCCCCCCCUCUCAUUUAGGGGUCCGGCUCGGCUCCCGACUGGGGACUGGAAGGCCUCGCCCCCCGCAGAGCCCCCUCCCCAUGCAGGCACCCGGGGAAGUAGCGGGGGGGGCCGUUCUUCGGGGGGCGGCGGCGGCGGCUCCGGCACGUGCCCCCCGUUGCUGGGCAACCGUGGCGGCGGUUGAGCAGCUGUGCCCAUCCGGCGGCCCGGAGGUGGCGGCGACCCGGCAUGGUGAGGGGGGGAGGGAGAGGGGAGGGGGCGGCCGGCCGGCCGGCCGAGGGGCGAGGCGAGCUGAUGCGCGGCUCUCCCUCCCGCAGGACCCGACGGCGGAGAAGGAGGAGGCAGCGGCGGCGGGGCCGCCGUCGGGGCCGGAGGAGCCGCCGGUGCAGCUGAAUGUGGGCGGCUGGGCCUUCGCAGUGCCGCGGAGCAAGUUGGCGUCGUUCCCGGAGUCGCUGCUGGGCCGGGCGGCAGCGGCGGGGCCGGCGGGGCAGCGGCUGUUCCUGGACCGCGACGGCUACGCUUUCCGCCACGUCCACUACUUCCUGCACACGGCGCGGCUGUCGGGCGGCAGCGGGCUAGAGCUGCCGCUCCUCUACGAGCAGGCCGGGCUGCUGGGCCUGGCGCCGCUGCUGCAGAGCCUGGACAACCUGAAGGAGGGCAAGCACAACCUGCGCGUCCGGCCCGCCGACAUCCCCGUGGCCGAGCGAGCCUCGCUCAACUACUGGCGGACGCGCAAGUGCAUCAGCCGGCCAGGCGCCGCCGCCGCCGCCGCCGCCGAGGGCGCGCUCAGGAGCCCCGCCUGCUCCGGGUCGCAGGAACAGGCGCCGCUGGGGCUGCUGGACACGCCGCUGCUGGAGGCGGAGGCGGAGGUGCGCUACUGCUUCCUGCCGCUGCGCCUGGUGGGCGAGUUCCCGGCGCUGGUCACCGACGACAACCUGCUCUGGCUAGCCGACGGCGCGGCGCUGAUCGAGGUCGAGAGCGGCGAGUUCCGCUUCAUCGCUAAUUUUCUUCGCUCAGAGAAGAUUCUUUUGCCCGAUAACUUCUCCAGCUUGGAUUCUCUGGAAGCUGAAGCUGAAGCCCUGGGCAUCCCCAAGGUCAUAGAAGCCGUGAAGAUCUUCAGGAAUAACCCAGGCUCAGGUUCCAGUGAAGCCUCUAAGUCUCCAGUACAGCAGCAGAGACUUCAGGACCCAUCAGUCCUCCUUCCUUUGUACCCAAUGGUGCUGGGACUCCUAGUCAAGUACCCUGACUCUGCUCUGGGGCCGCUCCACAUGGAGAGCACUCUGGAUGGGAACAAGCUCUACAUAUCAGGGAAUGGAGUUCUUUUUCAGCAUGUCAUGAAUUGGUUAGGAACUUGCAGACUUCCACUUACAAGAAAUAUGUCUGAACUUCCACACCUUUGCACCUAUUUGGAUCAAAUGGAUCUCAUCUAUGAGCCAAUGAAGGACGCUUUAAAAAGAUUUCUAAACCCGAAGACGCCUACAGACUCCUUGGUAAAAAAUGCAGAGUGGGCAGCAGAAAUAACAGCUUUUUCCCUACAUCAUAUUGUCAAAGUCUAUGUAGGAAGCCACUGGUAUGCCACCUAUUUGCAAACAUUAUUAAAGUUUCCAGAGUUGUUAUCAAAUUGCAAAAAGGUAUAUUGGAUUGCUUAUGGCCAGAGUCUCCUCAUUCAUGGAGAUGGAAAAAUGUUUCGACAUGUUCUCAACUUCUUAAGACUUGGCAAGUUGUACUUACCAUCUGAAUUUAAGGAAUGGUCACUUUUGUGCCAGGAAGUGAUCGAGUACCAGAUCCCUUCUCUGCUGGAGGCUCUAUAUCAGUAUGACAUGUACAGAUCAUGGCUGCAACAGAAGGAAGCUCAACAUGUAGUUUAUCCGGUUAGAAACCUUGAGUCUCUAAUAUCAGAGGAGGAUACUGGAUCCAACAAAGUCCUUCGAGAUCAUCUGCAUUUUGCUGAUUUAGAUCAGUGUGCCAAUAACUGGAAUAUAACUAGAGAACCACAGUCCAUGGAAGGAAGUGAUAGAGAGAACACCAAAUACACCAGCAUUUCUCCCAUUAAGGGAGCAAAGCGAAAACAUCCCUGGGAAACGUCGAAGUCCUCCGAUGACUGGGGAGACACCUGCCUUUUCCGACAGGAAGGAAACCCCCCCAAGAAAAGAGCAAAAGGCAGCUUAACCAAACCCCUGGAGAACAGUGACCCCCCCAUUCAGAAGCUCAUUUCCCUUGUGCAAGGCUGGGAUAUGGCUCAUUGCAGAUGCUGUGGGGCUCCCCAGGGACCAGAAUCUGGUGAGGAAUCCAAAUGGAGAGCAUUGUCUGGGAGGAUUCCCCAAGCCAGCUGCUUCAGAAUCUCCAGCUCUGAGCUCUCCAGCAAUGAGGUGCCCAUACAAGGAGCACCAGAUCAUCUGUCCAAGGCUGAACUGUGCAAGCAGGGAGCCCUGCCCCUCCAGGGCUGGCUGGCAAAGGCGGAUGAGCCAAGCAAUCUGGAGGAGGUGCCUUCCUCAGGGAAAGGUGCCAGCUCUCGGGAACAGAGUGGCCAGAAAGAAAAGGGAACAGCUCUUGAAGAAACGGCUAUUUGUGAAGCCCUUGAUAUGAGGGGCUGGAUUCUUAAGGUUGAGCACCCUCCGAUUGUGCCAGGCGAUGGUUCCUGCGUCUUUCAUGAAGGCAGCGUUCUCUACAGCACGGGCAUUGAAGAGAUUACUCUAGCCUGUGCCCUGGCACCCCCAGUGGACAAAGAUGUUGUUUUUCUGAGCUUUCCAUUAACACAAGAAGAAAUUUUUUAUGCCCAGAAGUGUCACGGCUUCCUUACUGAUGUCAUCUUGGAUUCUAUAAGACAGAAGGAUCCUAAAGAAACCACUGCCAAAGUAGAGCGUCUGGUCCAGAGGUUGUGGCGUCUGCAGAUCACGGCAAAGGAGUUUGUGGCUGAGCUCCUGAAUUCAGCGCCCUUUAUAGCCGACGGCCAUUCCUAUGAGAAGUUGCUGAAGUGGGUUGAAUUCACCCUGCCUUUUGCCUGGAAAUACAGCUGCUGCAUUAACUUGCUUAUUAAAAAAGGGUACUUUAAAUCACUCUCACACUUUGUUAUUGGGAAAUAUUUACAGAACCCUUAAUAAAACUGAAAACUUUGGUUGCA